CGCGCGUUGGAUGUCCCUGGAAAUUCCUGGGCGCAAGAAAACUUCCUCUCUGUUUUAUUGAAGGACGGCUGAGCCAGGCCAUUUACUACUUGAGAAAGCUGAUGACUCAUGUCAGGGACAACUGCCCUGACGUAUGUCAACGUGAUAGCCUAGUAGGUUGCCAAGGCUCAGACCGACUCCCUUCGGUUUCCAUAGCACAUCGCAAAGCAACUACUCGUCCACUAUGAUGCCACGUACCGAGCCGAAACGACGAUCAUGGGCCAGGGAGUACACCGAAGCUGAGGACAAGCUGUUGGGGAUUUGGGGGUACUUCAAUAGCCAAAUGAAGAAGAUGGAGUAUUGGAAAAGGACUCAGUACACCCCUACCGACGAAGAGCUUCGAAACCUUGGCAUCGAGCUGUCCGACCUUGAUUUUGAAACUGGCGAGACCUCUUCUACAAUCUUCCCUUAUUUCAUGCCGAGUCAGGAUAAGACCGUCAGUGUCUCCAAUAGCGGAAUACAUCCAGAUAACGAUGCAUUCAACACCUUCAAUAGAAGCAACACAAGAAGGAUUUUUGGGGAGUACGACUGGUACGAAUAUUUGCACUUGGCAUUCGGUGGCUAUGUUGGGGCAAUCAGAGAACGUCAGCAGCCCGAAUUUGACCAGCGCUGGGAGCUGCCCAUUCCACAAGAUAGAAGAAGCACCGGGAGCUGCGCAGUGCGCGAAACCAUGAUAUAUGGAAAAAUGCAAGCACGACGACCCAGCCAGUCGCACCGUGUUGUCAAAGUCUUGGUAGACAAAGAUAUAGAUGAGAAUCGCCCGUCGGUAUCGGAAUGGAUUGGGUUGGUGUCUUGGAUGUUGGGGGGAAUGCGUUACCAACUCGAACAAAUCAAAGCGCAGAUUCCAAAGAAGCCGUCAAAAGACCAGCGCAGGGAGCUCAACAAACGAAGACUUCACAUUGUAUUCCCGACCCUGGUCCUUUGUUUCAUGAAACCUGCUCGAGUAAGAGUGCUAUAUGGCUAUUUCGAGUACGGAAUACUCAAAGUCCAGUUCAGCAAAUGUCAAGAUUUCAACGUCCCGAAUUAUGUCGAGAGAAUGGACUGUCUCCUUCGGUGGAUAUUUCCAACCACGAAUGGCGAUACUCGGCUGGUUGGUCUUCAGGCUAUCUCAGAAGAUGAGGAGGAUGAGGAAGCUGAGUCUUAUGAGAAGAAGCACGGUAUUAUUAGCCAGGCUGAGAACACAGUCGGUUCAUGCCAAAGCACUGAGUCAUAGCUGGAGGCUUUUGUUCGGUUAAUGUCCAUUUGCCUCUUGCUUGUGUAUACUACUAUCGAGAAAAAACACUUUCUGUAUUGAAUAUACCUUACGUGGUUGCUGUGUAGGAGCUAUGACUUAGAUCCUGUUCCAUUCCACUUUUGCAGCGUUAAUGCAC